CACAAUCAACCUGGCUGAAAGCAUCCGAAAAAAAAAAAAAAAAGGUUUAUGUGUUACUUAGUCUUUUCAUUCUAUUCAUGCUAGAUCAAUCAAGAUCUCUGUUUACAGUACCUCACAAAAGAGAAUCAAAGCUCUGGCAUCCCACCCACACACUGAUCCCAAUAUGUCUGUAUGUAUUAGAAUCAAAAACUGAUUCCGUAAAAAGCAUUCCAACUUUUAAGAUUUUUUUCUGCUCUCAAUCAAACAGGACGCCCCCUCCACUCUGGGGUCGGCUUUCGUUUAGGCUCACGUUUUAGAUUUUAGCACAGUUGUCGGCUGGGUGCUAAAACGGCUACGCUUUGUGACUGAGUGCUUGGGUUUCAUUCAUCAGAGUUUCAGGACAUACCUGAAAGGACGUCUCAAGCAACAGAAAGAAUGAACAAAAAAGACAUGGCUGGGCCUCUCCUCUCUGCCCACUUGUUUGUACUGGUGGAGCACUUGUGUCUGCUACAUCAUAUCCACGCGGGGGCAUUUUAUGGACACAAGCCAAUGCCCCAACAGCCUCUGCCUCAGUUACCUCUCCUGUCACAUGGCAAUGAGGGGAUACCCCAACACCAUUACCAUGGAAAGGAAAUGCCACACAUGCCAUAUGGAAAUGAGAUGCCCUUGCUUCCUCAGUAUGGAAAAGAACGUCCACAGAUACCCACGCACAUGGGUAAACCCAUUGUAGGAAAAGGUGAAACUAUUCCAAGAGGAGAGAAAGGUCCCCCUGGUGAAACUGGUCCAAUGGGACCUCCAGGGCCACAGGGACCUCCCGGACUUCCUGGCCAUGGCAUCCCAGGACCUGGAGGUAAACCUGGUCCUCAAGGUCCACCAGGACUCCCUGGAGUUGGAAAGCCAGGAAUGCCAGGUUUGCCAGGAAAACCUGGUGGUAUAGGUUUACCAGGACCAAAGGGUGAGUUGGGGCCAGUUGGUGGUGAAGGGCCAAUAGGGAUGCCAGGACCUCCAGGUCAUCCAGGACCACAUGGCCUACCAGGUGUGGCAAAACCAGGUGGACAAGGACUUCCAGGACAACCUGGUCCUCGUGGAGAACCUGGACAAAAGGGAUUCCCUGGGAUCCCUGGCCUCCCAGGGCCAAAAGGUGAGAAUGGGAUUGGUCUCCCAGGACUGCCAGGUGUAAAGGGACCUUCUGGACUUCCAGGACAACCAGGUCAAGUAGGACUACCGGGAAUUGGCAAGCCAGGACUGAAUGGACUACCUGGGGCUCCUGGAGGGCAAGGUAAACCUGGUGCACCUGGAGAACCAGGAUUGGCAGGAGUCCCAGGGGAGAGAGGACAAAUAGGACCACCAGGACUACCAGGCUUUGGAAAGCCUGGUUUGGAUGGUUUUCCAGGGAAACCGGGUCUCCCAGGUGGAAGGGGCGAACCAGGUCCUUCUGGUUUACCUGGGGGCCCAGGCUUGCCUGGGUUUGGCAAGCCUGGAUAUCCUGGCCCUAAAGGUGAAAAGGGGCAUGGUGGUUUGCCUGGCCCUCAAGGCCCAAAAGGUGAAAAGGGUCAUGGUGGCCUUAAUGGAAUGAUUGGACCGCCAGGGCCAAGUGGCCUCCCAGGUCCUCCAGGUCUGAUGGGACCCCCUGGAGGCAUUGGUUUCCCUGGUUCAAAAGGAGAGGGCGGUGCAGUAGGACCUAAAGGACAACUGGGUCCAAAAGGUGAACCAGGACCCCCAGGACAUCCAGGCAAGCCAGGAUUCCCAGGAGAAUUGGGGCAACAAGGACCUAGAGGCUUGCCUGGUCCCUUAGGACCUAAAGGUGAAAAUGGACACAGAGGCUUACCUGGCCUACCUGGAGCCCCUGGGAAGCCUGGUGUAAAAGGAGAAGAUGGAUUUCCAGGAGAGAAAGGUAAUCCAGGGCCUAUGGGAAUCCCAGGAUUAAUGGGUCCAUCAGGACCAAUAGGCCCACCUGGUCUACCAGGCCCAAAAGGGGAAUAUGGCCCACCAGGAAAACCGGGAAUGCCAGGUGAGGGAAAACCAGGGCUUCCAGGCCCAAUAGGUCCUCCUGGUAUACCUGGAAUGGGUGGGCCCCCAGGUCAACCUGGAAUACCUGGUCCUCCUGGCCCACCUGGCCUACCUGGACCUCCUGCUCAAUCUCAAUUAUUCGGGCAAAUCCUUCCUGAGACAGGUCCUGGGCUAGAUGGGGCAAAAAGUGGUUAUAAGAAAGAAAAGCCUGGAGGAGCCAUUAUUGGUAGGAAUGGCCUAGAGAUGCCAGCAUUUACAGCUCAGCUGACAACCCCAUUCCCUCCAGUUGGGCAACCUAUUGUCUUCAACAAGAUUUUGCAUAAUGGCAACCAGAAUUACAACUCUCAAACCGGCAUAUUCACUUGCAAAAUACCUGGAAUUUACUACUUUGUCUACCAUGUUAAUUGCAAAGGAAACAAUGUAUGGGUGGCCUUAUACAGGAACAAUGAACCAGUAAUGUAUACAUAUGAUGAAUACAAAAAAAGUUACCUGGAUCAGGCAUCAGGGAGUGCAGUGCUGCCCUUACAAGUUGGAGACACUGUUCAUGUUCAGUUGCCAUCAGACCAAGCUGCAGGACUUUAUGCUGGUCCAUACGUCCACUCAUCAUUCUCUGGGUAUUUGUUAUAUCCCAUGUGAAUAUGUGAAAAAAGUCACCUAUAUAAAAUUAAUGCUACAUUUUUCUUAAAUAAACUGUGUAUGUGCCAUCA